UGGCGGGAAAUUUUGGAAGUAGCGGCGGCGGCGCGGCACCGAGAACUGUACGAACGCGGGGAGGGGACCCUCUGCGGUGACGCCAAGUUUUCAGAGGAUGACUUCAGCGACCAGAGCAGAAGAACAGGAACCAAUGAUGUCCAAGCCUCGGGAUCAUCAAGUGCCAUCAAGUCUCAACCCUUUGGAAGUGUUGCCCAACUCCUCUGCCUCGCUGGAGAUGACUCAAGGCACGUCAAAGGAAAAAAAUCACCUCGGCUGGAGUCCUGAGGAGGGCGAAAGUGGCGAAGCCAACCAUCAGGAGAGACUUCAGUUGAGGUCAUUUCACUUGUCCCCUCAAGAACAGUCUGUCUGUCGCCGAGACAAAAGGCAGUCCUGGCGACGAGCGAGUGUGAAAGAAAUAAACCGAAGGAUGUCAUUGGCUCCCUUUCACCCAGGCAUCACAGAGCUCAGCAGGUCCAUCAGCUUGAAGUUAGCAGAAAGCAAACGGCUUGGCGCUCUCCUGCUCUCCAGCUUCCAGUUCUCUGUUGAAAAACUUGAACCUUUCCUAAAGAGCACUAAGGACUUCAGCCUUGAAUGCUUUAGAGCGAAAGCGUCUUCUCUCUCUGAAGAAUUGAAACGUUUUACAGACAAGCUGGAAAGUGAUGGAACUCUACAGAAAUGUUUUGUUGAAGAUUCAGAAGAAAAAACACCAGAGUUUUCACUGGAAACAUCAGUGGCUGAGGUGAAAGAAUAUAUGGCAAAGUUUUCUGUAGAACGGCAUGCUUGGGAUCUGCUCUUACAACAGUACCAGAAGGAGAUUCCACCCGAUGAGAUGCCCAGAGGAUCAUCUGAAACCAAAAUCACUGAGGUCAAAGUGGAUCCUGCGACUUAUCUUGUGUCUUCCCAGAAGGAAGUCCUUAACUCAAAGCCCGACUACCAGGAAAUCUUACGGAAUCAGAACCAAGUCUUUGCCUGCAUGGAGUUGGUGAUGGAUGAGCUGCAAGGAUCAGUGAAGCAGCUGCAAGCUUUCAUGGAUGAAAGUAGUCAGUACCUCCAGAAGGUGUCAGUACAGCUCAAGAAAAGAAGCAUGGAACAAUUAGAUUCUUCACCUGCUCGAAAACUGCUCAAACUCCACAUGCAGAACUCCUCUUCCACACAAUGAUCAGGGUCUGGUCGGUGACCUUACCUGUAGUUCUGCUGUGAGCUGCCAGGGAGAGGACAGGGAAGAGUGCCCCCACACAUGACAACCUCCCAACCUCCCUCAAAGCUGGAACGUUCCGGCUACAGAGCACUUUCCCUGUUUCUGAGUGACAGCACAGAUCCAGAAGAAUGUUGUUAGAGACACUUUCGGUAGGAAUGUGCAAGACGCUUGGAAUGACUUUCAGAGCCACUGGCCCAUCGCUUUAAAUGUCCUCAUGGUCAGCACUUUGCAUCCCAUGAAGAUAUUGUCAAGUUUUCAAAACAACCCAAAGACAUUUAGAACCAACCUUAACAAACUGUUUCAGGGGUCAGGUUGGGUUCUUGUCAUAAAAGAAUGAAGGUAAAGUUUUCAAGUGUGGUACUAAAGGUGGAGUGUGGAAUGUUGUUGCAUAAAGACAUAUGUGAAUCACUUCACCAAAUGCCCUUUUUGUGAAGUGUCCUAUUGUCUUUACUAUACUUUAGU